AUGGCAGGCAGCCAGGCACUGGCCGCUCGACUUAGACAGGGUAGGAAGACACAAACAGCCUCAGCUCGGCGCGAGAGAGCUGCACAGCAAGCAAUGAUUCGAGGACGGGGUCAACUCCGAGUACUAGUCCAAAUGGAUGACUCGCCUGCAGGAUCUUCAUUUGCAUCGAGGAGUCGGAUGUCUCGGGCGUCUUCCUCUCGUGAGGAGGAGGAACGGGCGACCAUAAAAUCCGUGAACCAUGGGCAGAAAAUAUUUGAUCUGUUUCAACCACAGGCUCAGUGGUUUAAUGACGUUGUAGGUGGUUCUGAGCUUGGCGGGUUAUGCAUGAUUGGAUAUAGUAACAGCAUCCACAAGAUGUAUGGGGCAAUUGCUGAAAGGUGGCAAAAAGAGACUUCGUCUUUCCACUUUCCUGUUGGGGAGUUGACGAUCACCCUACAUGACCUGGCAUGUCUUCUCCAUCUGCCUAUCAUAGGGAGUUUAUUGGACCAUUCUCAGAUACAAAUGGUUAAGGCCAUAGAGUGGAUGGUGGAUUAUCUAGGUAUGGACCCAAAUAUGGCGGAUUAUGAGUGCAGAGCGACGAGAGGGGCCCAUAUCCGGUUCUCCAGCUUGAAAGAGCUUUAA